UGAGCCAACCCUGUCCGUUUAAACCGAGAAGACACCCAUACCGACUCCUCAAUGCAAAAAAAAUAAAAGGGUGCCAAGAAGCUGGGACGGAGGAACGUGGGUGUAAAUAGACAGUGAAUGCGCGCUCUCUCUCUCUCUCUCCCCUCUCUCUCUCUCUCUCUCUCUCUCUCUUUCUCUCUGUCUCUCUCCCUCUCUCCCUCCCCCUUCUUCUUCCCUCUCUUUCUCUCUCUCUUUUAUGAAAUCAAUGAACGAGUUAUUGGGUAGGACAUAAAUAUAAGGAAUCAAAGCCUCCACCGGGACCAACAGCAUUGCGCGCUUUUCAUAUGCGUCUUGGCCAAAUGCUACAUGUGUUUUCAUAUCAUUGUAAAUACUGGCUUUGAGAGGACGGGAGCGGAAUCAUCCCUGGCACGGCUUGGUCUCGGAACCAAAUUCUGACCAAGACUUUCACCAGCUUUUUUCCUUUUUUUUUUUUUUUUUUUUUCUUUUUUUUCCUCCAACGUGAAACGAUUCUCCACCAUCACCAUCCGCUGCUGUUGCACCCAUCCCAACUCACUGGCCGGUCCGAAGAUGGCAACUUUAACCAACGGGCAGGUGGACGGCACGGUGCACGGUGUCGGUGUGGUCUCCGCCAGCACGAACGGGCUCGUGAACGGAUUAAAUCAUAGCCACAGCCCGGCGGGAUGCCCCGCCACCAUCCCCAUGAAGGACCACGAUGCCAUCAAACUCUUCAUCGGUCAGAUCCCCCGCAACCUGGACGAGAAGGACCUCCGGCCCCUCUUCGAGGAGUUCGGCAAGAUCUAUGAGCUCACGGUGCUCAAAGACCGCUUCACGGGCAUGCACAAAGGCUGUGCCUUCCUCACCUACUGUGCCAGAGAGUCAGCCCUGAAAGCCCAGAAUGCAUUGCACGAGCAGAAGACCCUGCCAGGCAUGAACAGACCGAUCCAGGUGAAGCCAGCAGACAGCGAGAGUCGAGGAGAAGACAGAAAGCUCUUUGUGGGCAUGCUCAACAAGCAACAGUCAGAAGAUGAUGUGCGGCGCCUUUUCGAGUCCUUCGGCAGCAUCGAGGAAUGCACCAUCCUCAGAGGUCCCGACGGAAACAGCAAAGGCUGCGCGUUUGUAAAAUACUCCUCUCACGCUGAAGCUCAGGCAGCCAUCAGUGCACUACACGGCAGCCAGACAAUGCCUGGUGCCUCAUCCAGUCUGGUGGUAAAGUUCGCCGACACGGAUAAGGAGCGCACCAUUCGCCGCAUGCAGCAGAUGGCUGGUCAGAUGGGCAUCUUCAACCCCAUGGCCCUGCAGUUUGGAGCCUAUGGAGCCUACGCUCAGGUGCAGCAGCAAGCAGCAUUGAUGGCGUCCGUAGGCCAGGGAGGCUACCUCAGUCCAAUGGCAGCCUUUGCUGCUGCCCAGAUGCAGCACAUGGCCACCAUCAAUGGCCUCCCAGGAGCGCCGCUGACACCAACGUCAGGCGGCAGCACUCCCCCAGGCAUCAGCGCCCCCACAGUGACCAGCAUCCCCUCUCCCAUUAGUGUAAAUGGUUUCACUGGCAUGCCGCCCCCCCAGGCGAACGGGCAGCCCCCUGCCGAAGCCGUCUUCACCAACGGGAUACACCAUUACCCUGUGUUGCAGGAGGUGGUUUUUAGGGAGGACUCAGAGAAAAACAGCUUGGGCGUGGCUCCGCGGAGUUGUUUUGGGGUUCAGGGUGGCUGCUUCCUCUCCUCUCUCUCUGAAGCAGCUCAAAGUCCCACUGCAGCUGAUCCUCUCCAGCAGGCUUACACAGGAGUCCAGCAGUAUGCAGCAGCCUACCCCGCUGCAUACGGCCAGAUCAGCCAAGCCUUCCCCCACCCUCCACCCAUCAUUCCUCAGCAGCAACGAGAAGGACCAGAGGGUUGCAACCUGUUCAUCUACCACCUCCCUCAGGAGUUUGGGGAUGGAGAGCUGAUGCAGAUGUUCCUGCCUUUCGGUAAUGUCAUCUCCUCCAAAGUGUUUGUGGAUCGGGCGACAAACCAAAGUAAAUGCUUUGGGUUUGUGAGCUUCGACAACCCAGGUAGUGCCCAAGCUGCCAUCCAGUCGAUGAAUGGCUUCCAGAUCGGCAUGAAAAGACUCAAGGUGCAGCUGAAGAGGCCAAAGGACGCCAACCGCCCCUACUAACCCCCACCCCAGCCAGCCACCGCCACCAUGGUGGCCGGGGCAGCCGUCAAACACAGGGAAAGACAGGUUUUGUUGAGCUGAAUCAUAUGUUGGCUACUUGCUACCCACCACUGAGUGCAAACUCAACAUCUGGACCACUGAGGCUGCUUCUGAAACAGAGGAGGGGGAGAG